AUGGAGUUAAAGCAAUCUUUGUCCACCCAUCUGGAAACCGAGAAGCCUUUGAGGCGCUAUGGGGCGGUGGAGGAGACGGCGUGGACAGCAGAGGGACUGGGGAGAAAUCAGCUGGACAUCAUCUGCAUGGCAGAGACAACCAUGAUGCCGGAGGAGAUCGAACUGGAGAUGGCGAAAAUUCAGCGCCUCCGAGAAGUCUUGGUCCGACGGGAGUCUGAGCUUAGGUUUAUGAUGGACGACAUCCAGCUCUGCAACGACAUUAUGGACCUUAAGCAGGAGCUACAGAACUUGGUCGCCAUCCCAGAAAAAGAAAAGACCAAGCCGCAGAAGCAGAGAGAGGAUGAGCUAAUCCAGAAGAUCCAUAAGCUGGUGCAGAAGAGAGACUUUCUGGUGGAUGAUGCAGAGGUCGAGCGGCUAAGGGAGCAAGAAGAAGACAAGGAAAUGGCGGAUUUCCUGAGAAUCAAGUUAAAACCUCUAGAUAAAGUAACCAAAUCUCCAGCCAGCUCCCGAGCAGAGAAGAAAGCAGAGCCCCCACCUAGCAAGCCCACAGUGGCCAAGACUGGGCUGGCACUCAUCAAGGAUUGCUGCGGGGCCACCCAGUGCAAUAUCAUGUAG